UCCCACACUCCAAAAGGCCACUUCAACGGAGGUGGAUUCGGCUUUCAUGGCGUCGUCCAAUCAGAGCAAAGAUCAGACUGUUCCCACGGACGAUGACGAAGAGGCGAGAGAGAUCCAUGAAGUGCAGUCAAAAUACCUACGCUGCCCGUCACCCAAUUUUUCGCUGAUGUCUGAGUCUCGGUUCUCAAUGAUUUCUGGAUCUGAGGCUGACAGUAUUUUCAUGGAGCCAAUUCACCUCUCCUCCGCCAUCGCCGCCAAGAAGAUCAUCAAUGAAGAGCUCCCUUCUCGUGGCAUUCCCACCUUCUCUUUACCGGACUCGUACCUGGAGCCAGCAGAGCAGCUGAUGGUGGAGGAUCUGUACGAGAGGGUGAAGGAGCUGACGGAUGAACGCUCGCCCUACAAUACGCCCUGUGUCCUCGACCUGCAGAGGGCACUAGUGGGAGAGAGGCUCGAGGCUCCAACCAACGCAGUGGACGAAGUGUGGCCCAAUAUUUACAUCGCGGAGAAGUCUGUGGCAGUGAACAAAGCUCGGUUAAAACGGAUGGGCAUCACUCAUGUUUUAAACGUGGCUCACGGGACCGGGGUGUACACCGGCGCCACCUUCUACACAGGAAUGGGAGUGCAGUACCUGGGCAUUGAGGUGGACGAUUUUCCCGACUGUGACAUCGCUCAACACUUCAGAACCACCGCGGAGUUCAUGGAUGAAGCUCUGCUCACACAUAAAGGCAAAAUUUUGGUGAAUUCCAUGAUGGGCAUUAGCCGCUCCGCCAUCUUGGUCGCUUCAUACCUCAUGAUCUUCCAAAAUAUGUCCAUCUUAGAAGCUCUCACUGCAAUCCGCAAGAAACGCCCAAUCAACCCUAAUGAAGGAUUCAUCAAACAGCUACGAGAUCUGAAUGAAACUUUGAUGGAAGAAAGGGAUGACGACGACGAUACGCUAAGCCAGUGUUCUGUUAUCGAUGCUAAAACGCGAGCACAGAUAUUUGGGGAAAGCUACACAGAAGAGGAAGAGGAGUUUGAGGAUGGGCAAAGCAUGGCCGAAGCUAAAGCCCAUUCGAUUAUGAUGGAUGAAGAGGAGGAUGGAGCUAGCGUGAUGAGUAGCAUACCAUCACUAGCAUCUUCGGCUGCGGCGGAAGCAUUGAGAAACGGGUUGAUACCGAAACCAGGUGUUAGCAACAACGAAGAUGUGAAAGAGAAGUUAGUUUUGCCACAAGAUGGAGACGAAGAGGAUUUUGAUGAUGAUGAAGGAUUGGAUAGCAUCAUACGCGAGUGGCAAAGGCGUAACGAGAAAUACCAAAAUGCCGACUGGUUUGAAGCGCAGUUGAAUAGCGACACAGAGGACGACUUGGAUGAUAAAUUGGUGAACAAAAAGUCUAAAGGCACAGAUUUGGAGAGCGUUACGAGCGAAGAUGUGAGAUCGGUGAAGGAGAAAUUAAAACGUAGAAUGAGGCAGAAAGACGAGUUGUCCGUUGCCUCAAGUUGUUCGAGUUAUUCCGAUUUAUGGAAGCAACGGCUGAAAGAAAUCGAAGAGCAAGCGGCUGCACGAUAUCGUAAAAAAGAGGAGAAAGGAGAGGAGGAAAAGAAAGAACAAGGAGCUAGUAAAAGAAUCGAUGAUGAAAUUGAGAGCCUUAUGUCUGAUACGACUUCAAUGUAUAAUUUUUGCCAGAAGAACAAAGAAAGCAUGACGCCGUUGGAGAGGUGGAGGGUCAAAAGAAUCCAGUUUGGUUGGAAUAAAAAAGAUCGAGAAGACGGUGAGAAAAGUAGCAUCGUUAGCGGUGAAGAAGGCGACGAGGAAACACCCAAAAAACGUCUCGAAGAUGUGAAUUUAACCGCAUAUCAGUCGUGGAAGCUUCGUCAGCAAAAACGGUUAGGAUUGGAUGAAAACAAUGAUGACCUUUUGGAGUUUAGUCGCACCGAGGAGUCAGCGAAAUCGGCAAAACGUAGGCAAAGGCGAGAGGAGAUAUUGGAGCGAUCGAAAAAGAAUUUGGAGGAAAGUCAGUCGAUUUGCGGAUGGGAGACAGAGAGCUGUGUUAGCGGAGGGACGAUACCGCUAUCAGCAUUCUGGGCAGGAGUUACAGCGCCACCUAGUGUCCAAAAUAAUGACGACAACAUUUCAAUGAUAAGCGGAAGAUCGUCAAAUAUAUCGUCCGUGUCGCAAGCCAGGAGUGUUAAAUCUGUACAGUCGAAUGCUCCGCCAAUAAUCCCGCCAAUUUUACCCGUACCAACCGUGCAAGGGCCAAGUGGUGAGCCUAUGGUGAAUCUAGCUAGCAUUCAAAACUGGAUCGCUAAUGUUGUCACGGAAACGAUAAAACAAAAAACAACGGAGAUGAGUUUACCACCAUCAAGAGCCGGUUCUGAGGUUAGCUACCGAGGAGGAGCAGCAGCUAGCAUCCUGUCUGGGCAAAGAAUGGAGUUUGAUAAGACAUCGGUGCUAAGUGGAGCUAGCGGCGGAGUGUCGUAUCUUGGUGCUAAUCGUGCUAAACCUGAUUCAGUGAUUUCAGGAGCUAGUGGGGCUUCUAGAUUGACCGGUCAAGGAUCUAUUCUAGGGUCAACUUUAGGCUCGAGUUACGAAUCAAGUCUUGGUACGAAAAAGAAGAAAAUUACAACUACAAGUGUGCCGUUGUUUAGCUUGUUCCAAGAUGAGGUUGAUUUGAAAAAACUAGACGCAAUCGAUAAAGAUAUCAAAUCAGAAAUGCGCGAAAAGAUGGACAAAUAUGAGAAAAAGAAGAUUUUGGAAGACAACAGACGUAGCACUUUGUACAAAAAGAAAAAACCAAAAGGAGAGGAUGAAGAUGAGGAGGAGGAAGAGGAGAGGAAACGAAGGGAGGAGGAGUUUCUGCAGGAAGCGAAGAAAAAAGAUAAACCAGUAAGAAGUUUUGGGCAAUCUGGCUGUUUAAAUCUUAACCCUGCACUUGAAAAAGAGAAAAACACUAGCAUCGAUGAUUGGCUAAAAAGCGUUAGACCUCCGCCGAGAAAAACACAAGAAGAAAUUGACGAUCUUUACGACGAUUUGGAUGCAUCUGCUUCUGAAUUUGGAUAUCCGACUUCAAGGCAAGAUUCUGAAGACGAACAAGAUAGCUAUGGGUCAAGAUACAGGCCCAGAUUUGGCGAUAACGAUGGCGAUUUUUCACGUAAUUCAGAGAGGGGAGGGUUUGAAACGAGGGAGAGGAGGAGAGAGGCGAUUGCGGAGGAGGAAGAGGAUGACAUUUCCAGUUUUAUCGCGCAGACGAGGCAGAGGAUCAGAGCGAGGGCGAUGGCCGAAACGGAAGAUGACGAAGUUUUGAAAGCUUGGAGAGAGCAGCAGGAAGCGAAGGCGAACAGAACAGGAGGCAGUGAAGACUAAACCUACAGAACGUGAACUAUGUGGACUAAACCAAGGAACACAACUGGAUUCAUAUCAAGGGCUGAAUCUGGAAUAUGACAGUUAGAGAGUUCAGCUAGAACAAAAAGACUAAGGCCAGAAAUAAAAUUGAAGUAAGCGAGAGAAAGUUUCAGCUUUAUUUUAUGAAACAUUUUCAGGACGUAAACACUAAAUCCACUUUUUUGUUACUAAUUUGCUACUUUGUUCCUCGUCAUUUUUGGCAGUGUUAGUGCAGACUACGUAUGUUUACAGCUUUCUGGUCAAAAACACCUAAAUCUAAGUGUGUGCUGCUUUCAGUGGCCUCUGCGAUUUCCAGUAGUAGGUGACAUCACAUAGAACUGCCCUAAUAACAGCGAGGUGUUUGUGAUUACAAACACAUCUGGCUGCAGGGGCAGAGUUUGUAGUGUGGAUACCUGUUAGACCAAUCACACUGAUCCUUAUACCCCCAGACCUCCCCCUUUACUUUCCCGUCUAGUCCCCCAGAUACUGCCCAGUUUAGCGGCUCUAUUUAAAAUAUGGUUGUGGACAGUUUUGCCCCAUUUUAAUCACUAUGGCAACUGUCCUAAUUUCUCAUCAUUCUGAAACUCAUGGACAUUGUGCUCAUAUCUAUCAUAUUGUCUAUCUCCCUCAAAAUGUUCUGUUCCACUUUGUGAUGUUCUCUUCUGUCCAG